AUGCGUGCCAAGCUUUUAAAUCAUUUGGUAAAACAAUUAUAUUUAGGAAGAAAUUCUUACAAUUGCAGUAUCCAUUUUAAAGAUUUAGAUGAUAAGGCAUAUGGUGUGUUCGAUAUUCUGGAUACAUUAUAUAACAUCAUAUAUAAAAUUAAUGGCAGGGAAUGCUAUAACUCUGAACGUGUAAGUUGUGAUAGAUAUAUAAAAAAAUUAAAAUCAUGUGAAUAUAAGGAUGGAGUAAAUUUUAAAAAAUUCCUAAAAAAUAUUGAAAUUCAAUAUGAACAAAUAUCCCCUAAGUCCGUUGUCCGUAAUGAAGUGAAACAUGAUGCAUCGCAUCGCAAUUCUAUGACAGAAACAGGUACAGAAACAGAGCUAAAAAAAACCAAAAUCGCAAGCUCUAGCAAAACGUUAGAACCUGAAAUAAGUCAAUACAUAGGGGGAAUUAAAGUACCUAAAAAAAUACAACUUAAACUAAGAAGUGAGAACACUGACACAGGAUCAGUGAAUGGAAUAAGCACAAGCACAAUUGUUUUAAUGCCUGUAAUUGUUACAAUUUCAAUCAUAUUGUAUAAGCUUAUUUAUAAAAACAUUAUAUUCCAAUCCUAUUAUCAGUAUACAACUUAUGGUGCUUUAUUACAAAAGAGUGUAAAAAAAUUAAAGAGAUUGCUGAAUAAAAAAAAUAAAGAACAUCUAAAUUUAAAGAAUUCAUAUAAAAAAGCAUACGAAAAUAUAACUGAUUAUAACUAUCAAUUGGCGUAUUCCUCAAUAGACAGCUAA